ACCAGCAGCUUUUACCAUCCUCAUGGACAGCAGCCGCCAGCACCACAGAGUAUGAACGGCGCCAGCUUCGAACAGGAGCACAGCGGCGAUGCCUCACAGGCCGCCGCUGUGCCCCUGGUACGGGCCGAGGCCCCGCGGCCGGGCGGGCGGGCGGCGCACUACACAGGGCACAUGACGGUGUAUGUGCUGGUGGUGGCCCUGGUGUCUGCCACGGGAGGCAUGCUGUUUGGCUUUGACAUCGGCAUUGUGGGCGGUGUUGAGGCCAUGGCAUCCUUUCAAAAACAGUUCUUUCCGGACAUCUAUGCACGCACAGUCAGUGGCAUGGGCGACACCAACGCAUACUGCAAGUUCCACGAUAUGCGCCUGCAACUGUUCAGCGCCAUCAUGUUCCUCAGUGGUGCCGUGGUCGCGGUGCCGGCUGGGUACGCUGCGAGGGUGUUUGGGCGCAAGAUAUCCAUGCUGGUCUCGGGCUGCUUGUUCCUGCUGGGGGCGGGGCUGCAGGCGGGAGCACACUCGCUGACUCAGCUCAUCGUUGGGCGCUGCGUCCUGGGCCUGGGCGUCGGCACCGCCGCCUGCGUGGUGCCUGUCUACAUCGCCGAGGUGGCGCCCUAUGCCAGCCGCGGCGGCCUGGCCUACCUGUUCCAGGUGGCCACCACCGUGGGCAUACUCGCUGCGCAGCUGGUCAACUGGGGCUGCCAGUGGAUCCCCGACUGGGGCUGGCGCCUGAGCCUGGGCCUGGCAGCCAUGCCCGCCUCCAUCCUCUGCCUGGGCGGCCUGGUGCUUCCAGAGUCACCCUCCUAUCUCAUCGAGCAGGGCAGGUGGGCCCAGGGGCGGGCGGUCCUGCAGAAGCUGCGCGGCACCGACGAGGUGGAUGCAGAGUAUGCCGACAUCUGCGAUGCGGCGCAGCAGGCAGCCAAGGUGUCUAACGUGCAGUCCUGGAAGAACCUGGUGGCCAGGCACAACCUGCCGAUGUUCAUAAUGUCCACCUCCCUGGCCGCCUUUCAGCAGCUCACAGGCAUCAACGCGGUGAUCUUCUACGCGCCCAUCAUGUUUGAUUCGCUGGGCGACUCCUCCUCCGCCCUGCUCAACGCUGUGGUGAUUGGCGCCACCAACGUCCUGUGCACCUUUGUGGGCCUGGUGCUGGUGGACAGGUGGGGGCGGCGCCCCCUGCUCAUCCAGGGCGGCCUGCAGAUGGCGGUCAGCCAGAUAGCCACCGCCAUCGUGCUGGCCCUGUCCUUUAAGUCGGACGGAACCAUCGCCAGCGGGGCGGCCAUCGCCGCCCUCGUCCUGAUCUGCGUCUUUGUGGCCGGCUUCGCCUGGUCCUGGGGCCCCAUUGUGUGGGUGCUGGGCGCCGAGAUCCAGACCAUGGACACCCGCACCAGCGGAAUGAGUGCAACAGUCGCGGUGAAUUAUUUGUGUAGUUUCAUCAUAGGCCAGAGCUUCCUGUCCAUGCUGUGCGCAAUGGAGUGGGGAACAUUCCUGUUCUUCGCGGCCUGGAACCUGCUGAUGACGGUCUUUGUUUUCUUCCUCCUGCCAGGUCAGCGGUGGGGCAUCCCCAUAGAAGACACGGCCUACUCGUGCCUGUUUGCGCGGCACCCGAUCUGGAAGCGCGUGAUGGGGCGCGCAGGGCGCGCGGUGCUGGAGCGUGAGGGUUUCCGCGCUGCGGCGUGGCGCGAGGCGCGGGGCGUGGAGGGCGGCGACCUGCGCCAGCUGGCCAAGUACUACCAAACCAUGGGCCUCUGA